AUGACCCUGACGGCCCUUCGUCGGUAUCGUGCUGUCUUUGGCAUCUCGCCCGGGUCAACAAGCGUAACAUGGUCGUUGACGGAUGCUACUCGGCCUUCAACAUCGCGUCCGAAGCACCUUCUCUGGUGCUUGAUGUUUUUGAAGGUCUACGCAUCCGAAGGCGUCCAUCUCGUCCCCAUGAUCGAGCAUUCGUUUCAUUGGAUGGUACCGACUUUCGUAUCUGGGAACCAGUACUGUACGACCGCAAGUGGUAUUCCCACAAAUUUCAUGGAGCUGGGCUACGCUAUGAAGUCGGUGUGUGCAUGCGAACUGGCAACAUUGUCUGGGUCAAUGGAGGCGUACCAUGCGGCGAAUGGCCAGAUUUACGGCUUGCACGUCAACUGUUUCGCACGCAAGGUGUACAGGGUGCACGUCAGCUUGCCCUGCUCGAAUGCUGCAAACUCAUACAACUACGUUCGAAACGUUGAACGCUCUCUUCACCAUAUCGUUAGGUGCGCAGUGCUUCCGAUGCAAGAAGUACCUACCCCCCAGAUGCUGAAGAGUGCGAACAUGCCGCCGUUCGCAGGUCCAUCCUUCUCUUGA